AUGAUGAUCCGCAUAAACACCGGUGCUCAUCGCUGUCUGUGUUUUCGAUUCUCAAGUUUUACUGGCUAUGGUGAGCUAGAUCCUGGAUCUGAAACCUCCAGAGUCUCUAAAAGCCUCGUCUCUGGAAACAGGAACGCAAUCCCGAUUCCUCACAGGAGUAAUCCUGAACCCAAAGGGCAAAACCUCGACUUCGUCAAUGUCGCUCAUAGCCACCUGAUUCAAUCUGAUUGGGACAAGCUCGAGAAGCUAUCGGACCACUUGGAUCCAUUCAGGGUCAAGAACAUACUGCUGAAGAUCCAGAAAGACUACGUUCUUUCUCUUGAAUUCUUCAACUGGACGAAAACCCGAAACCCAGGUUCCCACUCUCUCGAAACCCAUGCUAUACUCCUCCACACUCUCACCAAACACCGGAAAUUCAAAUCCGCAGAGUCGAUUCUGAGAGAGAUCCUCGUAACCGGUGGCGUGGAUUUGCCUGCGAAACUGUUCGAUGCCUUGUUGUAUUCCUACAGAGAAUGCGACUCCACGCCUCGAGUGUUUGAUUCGCUGUUCAAAACUUUCGCUCAUCUGAAGAAAUUCAGAAACGCCACAGAUACCUUUACGCAGAUGAAGGAUUACGGGUUUCUUCCAAAUGUGGAAUCUUGCAACGCUUACAUGAGCUCGCUGCUUGGUCAAGGGAGAGUGGACAUUGCUCUGAGGUUCUACAGAGAAAUGCGUCGAUGUAAGAUCUCCCCAAACACAUACACUCUCAACAUGGUCAUCUCAUGUUAUUGUAGAUCUGGAAAGCUCGACAAGGGCACUGAGUUGCUACAAGACAUGGAGAGAUUGGGUUUUCGUGCCACUGACGUAUCGUAUAAUACAUUGAUAGCCGGAUACUGCGAGAAGGGUCUUUUGAGCUCGGCUUGGAAGCUUAAGAACACGAUGGUGAAGAACGGGCUGCAGCCUAACGUAGUUACUUUCAACACUCUCAUACAUGGGUUUUGCAGAGAUGUGAAGUUACAAGAAGCUAGUAAGGUUUUCGGUGAGAUGAAGGCGAUAAACGUUGCUCCCAACACUGUCACGUACAACACUUUGAUUAAUGGGUACAGCCAACAGGGUGAUCACGAGAUGGCGUACCGGUUUUACGAAGAUAUGGUCUUCAACGGGAUUAAGCGUGACAUUUUGACGUACAACGCGUUGAUCUUGGGGCUGUGCAAACAAGCGAAGACGAAGAAAGCUGCACACUUUGUUAAAGAACUCGACAAAGAGAAUCUGGUGCCGAACUCUUCCACCUUCUCUGCGCUGAUAAUGGGACAAUGCGUGAGGAGAAAUGCAGACCGUGGUUUCGAACUGUACAGAAGCAUGAUUAGGAGUGGUUGCCAUCCGAAUGAACAGACAUUCACUAUGUUGAUUUCUGCCUUCUGUAAGAAUGAUGAUUUUGAUGGAGCAGCUCAAGUGUUGAGAGAAAUGGUCAGAAGAUCAAUUCCUCGUGAUUCAAGGACUGUUCAUCAGGUCUGCAAUGGACUUAAGCAUCAAGGGAAAAACCAACUUGUGAAAGAGUUGUUACAGGAGACGGAAGGAAAAAAUAACCCUUUAUGUAACCGAGUAGCAGAAGUUAUUAACCAAAAAUGA